AUUUAACUUGGUAUUUCAUGGUGUGUUAAUCUGUUGGAGUUAACCAUUUUCAAACAGGUAAUUGUAUUAUUCAGUGCCUUUAAUAUUUAAUUUAUCAAAGUUAGGUAUUUCUACAACCUAAAAAAAUGGCUAGUGAUGAUGUGGUUCAGUUUCCUGAGGAUUUUUUGUUUGGAGCCGGAUCUGGUGCUUAUCAAAUUGAAGGUGGAUGGGACCAAGAUGGAAAGAGUGCUAGUAUCUGGGAUGAUUAUUUCCACACUAAAAACAUUGUAGUUUCCAAUCCCAAAGUUGUUCACUUGGGUCCCAAAAAGAAACAUACCAGUUUUCACAGAGGUACAGAUAUUCAUGAAAAAGAUCCAACUCGUGGUUUCUCACUUGUCAAUGGAGAUAUUGCUUGUGAUUCUUAUAAUAAACUUGAUGAAGAUAUUAAUAACUUGAUCGAACUUGGAGUUGAUAUCUACAGGUUUUCCAUAAGUUGGCCAAGAGUCUUGCCAAAUGGCGAUGACCGAAUCAUAAAUGAGGCUGGAGUUAAUUAUUACAAAUCGUUAAUUCAAAAAUUGUUGGAUAACAAUAUUACACCAUUGGUGACAAUGUAUCACUGGGAUCUACCGAACGUUCUUCAGAACCUUGGUGGAUGGUCGAAUCCAAACAUUGUAGAGUAUUUCGUAAUUUACGCAAAUUUUCUUUUCAAAACAUUUGGCAAACAAGUCAAACUGUGGACUACAAUUAAUGAACCCAGAUUCGUGGCCCUGGCUUAUGGUAAUGAGAACAUUGCUCCUAGUGUUGGUGAAUUAUUCAACGGUAUUGCUGACUACAUGGCAAUUCGUAAUGUGUUGCUUUCCCACGCAGCAGUUUACAAGUUGUACAAGAAUACAUACUUUUCAGAACAGCAGGGUGAGAUCAGUUUGUGCUUUGACACAGCGGCGUAUUUUCCAGUAAAUCCAAAUUCAGAGGAGGACAAAUUAUGUGUUUCAAAAUCAUUUGAUUUUUCGCUUGGAGUAUUCACUCAACCAUUGAAAAACGGCACAUUUCCACAAUCGUUGUUAGAUGGUAUCGCUAAAACAGACGAAUCCGAACAUGUAUCUUUAAAGCGUAUCGUUGAAUUUAGCGAGACUGAAAAACAAGAUCUCAUAGGAUCGUAUGAUUUUAUUGCUUUUAAUUAUUAUGAUUCAUACAAGGUAAGACCAAUGACUGAAGAUGAAUAUGCAGAAGAGAAAUAUUUACUGAAUAAGGAUUCUGGAGUAAUAUCUACUUCAAAUGCAAACAAUAUGGAUGAUACUUUUAAAGGAUUUACUCAAGUAGUUGAUUGGCUUGUGGAAAACUUAAACAAUCCGAAACUGUUUGUAACUGAAAAUGGAAUUCAUGAGAAACCAAAUGUAGAUGAAAGUGAAAAAAAAAUCAAAUAUCAUCGUGGUAUUUUGACAGAACUGGAUAAAGCCUUAAAGAAAGGUGUUGUAAUUAAAGGGUAUUGUGUCUGGUCAUUUAUGGAUUCGUUGGAAUGGUCAAGUGGAUAUUUUAAUAAAUUGUUUGGUAUAUAUUCCGUGGACUUUAACGACCCAAAAAGACCCCGUWCCAAAAAGCCAUCGUUUGAAUUCUUUAAAACAGUGUUCACAACAAAAGUCUUACCACCUAUCGAAUCCAAUUAAUAUGUCUAUGGAAAAACGGUUUGUCAUAAAGGGUUUAAAUAAUUGUCAAAACUUUACAAUUUUAAAAUUUAGAUUUAGUUUAGUUCGAAUUAUUUCUGUAGUCGAACGUUUAAUAUUAUACGUAGUAUCAUAUAGGUAAAAAUAAUGAUUGUAUAAUUUAAAUAUUUUAUUUUCUCUCGACA